AUGAACAUUGUUAUCGACGACUUUUCUCCUCAAAUCGAGUACUACGCCUCAGCCACCUCCGCCUCAGGAUGGACGACCAACCACACCGCCGACGCGCUUCUCUCUUCCUACAGUAAAGGGACCUUUCACGGCACAUGGGGCGAUGGGGAUAGGAUGGUGUACAGGUUCAAUGGCAGUGCUGUGGCGAUCUACGGGGCGAAGAGGGACAAUCAUGGGAUAUAUGGGGUGUCGCUCGACGGAGGGGAUGAGCUGACGGCCGAUGGGUACUCUGCUACUCCGAUCUUCAGACAGCUCCUGUACACGAGAGGGGGCCUUGAUGAUUCUGAACACACCGUUACGGUGACAAAUCAUCCCAACUCGGGCACCUCGGCAGCUGAUGGCCAUCACUGGCUUGAUAUCGACUGCAUUGAAACUACAAGUUCUGUGGAUGGCUCUAUAUACACCACUAUCAUCGACGACUCUUCUUCUGUAAUCGUCUAUGAUGGCUGGGAGACGUAUCUGGAUGAGAGCAACAACGUAUUGUUCUACAACCUCACGGAUCAUACGACUUCGACUUAUGGGGCGACUAUGGAUAUUCCGUUCACCGGCUCUUCGAUACAAGUAAUGGCUUCCGUGAACUCUGGACAUGGAAACUACUCUGUCAGUCUCGAUGGCGGUGCAGCCUCAACUUACAAUGCUACUUUUGACGCAUCAGCCUGGCAACUUCCUAUUUUCACUGCGACGAAUCUCCCGGACGGCAAUCACACAGUCAGACUCACCAACCUCGGCUCUGGCAGCACCAACACUCUGAGUUUCGACUAUGCCGUCGUCAAUUCCACCAUUUCAUCCGAUAGCUCUUCCACCACGGACGGCUUGAGCCAAGCGACUACCUCUGCCAAUAGUACCGCCCCCACGGCGAGUACUUCCGCCACGUCCAUCUCGGAGAGUUCUUCCCGCGGAACACCCGUCGCUGCGCUCGUGGGUGGUAUCGUUGGGGGUAUCGUCGCGCUCGUGCUCGUUGCUGGGCUUGCUUUCUGUCUUUUCCGCUGUCGACGCAAUCGUCGUCGAUACGGAGAUGACGACGCAUACUACGCUUCCGCGUGGUCUCCCUGGCGAGAGAAGAAGCGGAGCUCAAAAGGCGAUACUCUCGAUCUGGGUGAGCAUCCCGAUGAGUCGAUGGCGGGCACGCCCAUGGGUGUGGCGUAUGGGACUCCCGUCACACCCUUCUUCCACUCCCCCCACCCUCAAUCUCAUGCCAACUCCCACCCCCAAUCCAAUUCCUACGCCAACUCCCACCCUCACUCCCCACAUCAGCAGUACCCCGCUGCACCCUCAUCCGGUUCCAGCGGCGAAGCGUUCUACUAUCCCCCCGACGCCCGUCAAGCCCCCUCACCAUCAUCAGCACCGCAUGAACACAGUCCUUUCCUUACCCAACUUCCCGCGCCACCCGCGUCUAGCGCCACGUCAUACCAACACUCUGCCCCUUCCGCUCUUCCGACAUCUUAUGCCCCGUCGGCCCUUCCAACUUCUUAUGCCCCCUCUUCGGCGUCGGUGAUAUCCCCCGACCGGGGGCCUAGUACACGCAAUGUACGCACCCUCCCUAACACCCCUGCGAGGCAGUCUUCAGCCGAUAGCGGUAUGACCACCGCACCGGAUACGCCCAGUACCACCUUGAGCGAGAAAUCCCGUCGGCCGCUGGCGACUGCGGGUGCAAACGAAGGAGGUCUGCCGAGGAUAGACAGUCUGGGCAGUUUUGGGACGUUGCAGGAGGAGGCGAGUGUGGGGAGGUUGAGUGGAUAUGGCGUGAAUGGGCAUGUCCACGGGUUUGGACUUGGGCACGGCGGACAUGAGGAAGAUGCGGGGAGUCUGGGGAUGGAAGAGCUCGCGCCGCCGGAUUAUACACAGGCGACACAGCCUCUUCCGGGGCAACAUGAGAGAUCUGUGUGA